AUGGCCAACCCACGUGUCGAAGAGAUUACCGAUGAGCCAGAGAAGGCCGUCCAGGAGGUUGAGGACGAGUCUUCCGACUCCGAUGACGAGGCAGGCGAGGCCAACAUCCCAGCAGGCGCCUCCGUUGCUGUCCACAGCAGAAACGAGAAGAAGGCGCGCAAGGCUAUUGCAAAGCUUGGCCUGAAGCACGUUGAGGGCAUCACCCGUGUCACCCUUCGCCGACCAAAGAACAUCCUCUUCGUCAUCAGCAACCCGGACGUCUACAAGUCCCCGUCGAGCAACACUUGGAUCAUCUUUGGUGAGGCCAAGAUUGAGGACCUCAACUCUCAAGCUCAGGCUCAAGCUGCCCAGCAGCUGUCUAGCCAGGCCGCUAACGAGGCCGGCCACGAGGGCCACGACCACGGCGACAAGGGCAAGGCCAUCGAUGGCGGCGCCGAGAGCAAGGCCGCCGAGGAGGAAGAGGAUGAUGGCGAGGAGGUGGACGACACUGGUCUCGAGGCCAAGGAUAUUGAGCUUGUCAUGGCCCAGGCCAGCGUUAGCCGGAAGAAGGCUGUCAAGGCGCUCAAGGAAAAUGACAACGACAUUCGAUCUGCUGCUACCAAGAUCGACUGGGCCAACUUGGGCACCAAACUCGGGCUCAAGGGAAGCACCGCCAACGCCCUCGCCAGCUUCAAGCAGCGUAACGAUGCCGCCCGCCGCAAGGUCCGAGUCCUGUCCGAGCAGGCACAAACCGUCGACUUCCAGCACUACCGCUCGCUCUUGAAGAACCAGGAUGUUGUCGCCGACAUUGAGAAACAAUUCACUUCCUUCCAGCCAAAGAAGUACGAUGUGCAGAGACAGAUUAAGGCUAUCGAGGCUUUUGAGGCACAGGCUGUGAAGAGUGCUGAGGAGACCAAGGGCAAGGUGGAUGCAGAACUGCAGGACUUGGAGAAGACUUUGAAGAACAUCGAGUCUGCGCGGCCAUUCGAAGACCUCACCGUGGACGAUGUCGUUGCCGCUCGCCCAGACAUCGACCAGCGUGUUGAGCAGCUCGUGUCGAAGGGCCGCUGGCAAGUACCAGGAUACCAGGACAAGUUCGGCAAUCUCUCCGUUCUAUAG